GAUCUUCAGGAGGAGGUGUAUAUGGAGCAACCACCUGGAUUUAUUGCUCAGGGGGAGUUGGGUAAAGUUUGUAGGCUUCGAAAGUCUCUUUAUGGCUUAAAACAAAGUCCUAGGGCAUGGUUUGGGAGAUUCAGUGAAGCAAUACAGGAAUUUGGUAUGCAAAAGAGUAAGUGUGAUCACUUAGUAUUUUAUAGGCAAUCUGAGGUUGGUCUAAUUCUCUUGGUAGUCUAUGUGGAUGACAUUGUCAUCACUGGGAGUGACUCUGCAGGUAUUUCAUCUCUUAAAACCUUCCUCCAAACUCAGUUUCAGACCAAAGACUUGGGAUUGUUAAAGUAUUUCUUGGGUAUCGAAGUUAUGAGAAGUAAGAAGGGUAUUUUCUUGUCUCAAAGAAAAUAUAUCCUCGAUCUAUUGACAGAGACAGGAAAAUUAGGUGCUAAGCCUUGUAGCGCACCAAUGACUCCAACUUUACAACUGUUAGCAGGGGAUAGUGAGUUGUUUGAAGAUCCAGAGAGAUACAGGAGAUUGGUAGGAAAAUUGAACUACCUUACAGUCACUCAUCCUGACAUUGCUUAUGUCGUUAGUGUGGUAAGUCAGUUUAUGUCUUCCCCAACUGUUGCUCAUUGGGAAGCCUUGGAACAAAUCUUGUGUUAUCUGAAGGGAGCUCCAGGAAGAGGUUUGCUAUAUGGUAAUCAUGGGCAUUUGAAUGUUGAAUGUUUUUCAGAUGCCGACUGGGCUGGAUCUAAGGUUGACAGGAGGUCAACUACUGGAUAUUGCGUUUUUAUGGGAGGAAAUUUGGUAUCUUGGAGAAGCAAGAAGCAGAGUGUAGUUUCUCGAUCUAGUGCUGAAUCCGAAUACAGAGCCAUGGCACAAUCAGUAUGUGAGGUAAUGUGGAUACUUCAAUUACUAGAUGAGACAGGUUUUAAGACCUCUCUGCCUGCGAAAUUGUGGUGUGAUAAUCAAGCUGCUCUUCAUAUUGCUUCUAAUCCAGUGUUCCAUGAGCGAACCAAACAUAUUGAGAUUGAUUGCUUUGCUGCUGCUGAUAGGUGUGUUGGUGGCAUAGGGGUUGCCGCAUCAGGGUCUGCUUCAGUUGGAGGAACAGAUGGUUUUGCAGUGAAGCUGGCUACUUUAGCUUCUAAGGAUCUUAAAAGUGAUAAAAUUUCUAGUGAAAACUGCUAUUUAGUAGCUUCUUGA